AUGGACCCCGGGCAGCAGCCGCCGCCCGCGCCGGCCCCGCCGGGCCCCGGGCAGCCGCCCGCGCAGAGCCCCCCGGGCCCCGGGCAGGGCCCGCCGUCCGCGCCCGGGCCGCCCGCGCCCCUCGCGGCGCCGCAGGCCCCGCCCGCGGGCCACCAGGUGGUGCACGUCCGGGGGGACUCGGAGACCGACCUGGAGGCGCUCUUCAACGCCGUCAUCAACCCCAAGACGGCCAACGUGCCCCCGACGGUGCCCAUGCGGCUCCGCAAGCUGCCCGACUCCUUCUUCAAGCCGCCCGAGCCCAAGGCGCACUCCCGCCAGGCCAGCACGGAUGCGGGCUCUGCGGGGGCCCUGACCCCGCAGCACCUCCGGUCCCAUUCCUCGCCCGCAUCCCUGCAGCUGGGCGCGGUGUCUCCGGGGACCCUGACCCCGGCGGGCGGCGCCCCCGGGGCCGCGGCGCCGCCCGCCGCGCAGCACCUCCGGCAGCAGUCCUUCGAGAUUCCCGACGACAUGCCUCUGCCACCGGGCUGGGAGAUGGCCAAGACGCCUUCCGGCCAGAGAUACUUCUUGAAUCACUUGGAUCAGACGACCACAUGGCACGACCCCAGGAAGGCCCUGUUCUCUCAGAUGAACGUCGCCGCCCCCAGCAGCCCGUCUGUGCAGCAGAGCCUGAUGAGCUCGGCCUCAGGUCCUCUUCCAGAUGGCUGGGAACAAGCCACCACGCAGGAUGGCGAGGUUUACUACAUCAACCACAAGGACAAGACCACCUCCUGGCUGGACCCCAGGAUCGACCCUCGCUUUGCCAUGAACCAGAGAAUCAGUCAGAGCGCCCCUGUGAAGCAGCCGCCACCCCUGGCGCCCCAGAGCCCGCAGGGAGCCCUCCUGGGGGGCGGGGGCUCCAGCCAGCAGCAGCAGGUGCGGCUGCAGCAGCUGCAGAUGGAGAAGGAGCGGCUGCGACUGAAGCAGCAGGAGCUGCUCCGGCAGGUGAGGCCCCAGGCAAUGCGGAAUAUCAAUCGCAGCACAGCCAAUUCUCCAAAAUGUCAGGAGCUUGCCCUCCGCAGCCAGUUACCCUCCAUGGAGCAGGACGGCGGGACACAGAACCCAGCGUCUUCGCCUGGGAUGUCUCAGGAAUUGAGGACGAUGACUGCCAACAGCUCAGACCCCUUUCUUAACAGUGGCACCUAUCACUCCCGAGACGAGAGCACCGACAGCGGACUCAGCAUGAGCAGCUACAGUGUCCCCCGGACCCCCGAUGACUUCCUCAACAGCGUGGACGAGAUGGACACAGGUGACGCCAUCAGCCAGAGCGGCCUGCCCUCGCAGCAGAGCCGCUUCCCCGACUACCUGGAGGGCCUCCCGGGCACGCACGUGGACCUGGGCACGCUGGAGGGCGACGCGAUGAGCAUGGAGGGCGAGGAGCUCAUGCCCAGCCUGCAGGAGGCCCUGAGCUCCGACAUCCUCAACGACAUGGAGUCCGUGCUGGCCGCCACCAAGCUCGACAAGGAGAGCUUCCUCACGUGGUUGUAGACGCGCGCGGGCGCCCCGGGGUGAUGGAGGAGAGACCCACGCGCCCGCCCGCCCGCAGCUCCCGCACCGCCGCCCGCGCCCGUCCCGCGCCCGCCCGCCCGCCCGCCGCGCUCCCCAGGAGCCCACACCGCGGACGGACGCGCUGGGUUUCUCGGCUCCUCGAACGCGCGCGCGCCGGCCUGCGCAGUGAAGACGGGGGGCCGCCCACCCCUGCCGUCCUCCCGGGCCAGGCAGCGCACCGGCCGCGCCCACAAGCCAAAGACAUGGCCCCCGCCGGGCCGGGACGCCCUCCCUCCCCCCCCCCACCCCCCGGGGUCCUGGGGACGAGAACCCGGGCCGAGCCCCGCCCCGGCGUCUCCACCCUGGCCGCGUUUCCUCUAGGGUUACCAUUAGGCACGUAGUGACCUUGAUUUUAUCGUAGGAGCCCGGAAGGCCCGAGGCAGUUCCCCACGCGCUCGGGUGUAGGGCGGGGGGUGUUCUGGGGGGUGGGUUGGGGUUGCGUUCUGUGGCUGUCGUGGAUGGCUGGUUGUUUCUGUCGGAACCUACACAGGUGACUAGUGAAUCUGUUUAUAGUUGUAGCUUGUGAUGGUUAUGGUAGUUCUUUUGGUAAAAUCUGUAUUUCUGGAUUUUUUUUUUUUUACCAUUUUAUUUAAAUCUGAGUUAUCCGCUCCUCUAGACACACACCAUGUUUAUAAUAACUGCCCUAGCAGAAGGUGUCUCCUUUGUUUUUGGUUUCCUUAUUUUUAUCUUUUUUAGGUUUGCCUCCUUCCCAAGUUGCGUCUGCAGGUGAGAUUUGAGUCUCUGCAUGGCGAGCACGUGGUGGUAGUCGGUGUAGUUGGUGGUUGGGGUCAGGUCUGGGCAGGGUCUGAGGCUCGGGGGCUCCCCCCCACCCCCGCGGGGCGCGCACCCACGGACUGGCGCGGAGCGAAGGAGAAACGGCUUCUCCCCCCUGGCUCAGAGCUCGCCGGGUUAGUGACGCCCAGACAAGCGUGAGCUCUCGGGGUUCCCCUUCGCCUCGGGUUCCCAGGAAACCUUCAGCUUUGGUUCCCAGUGUUGAAUGAACGCGGCGGCCUGGGUUGAAGUGUGGCUGCUUUGCUGAGACCUGGCCUCGGGUGCGGGGUGCGUGCAAGUCAGCGGGGGGAGGGGUCAGGUUAAUCCAUGUAUACCGUGCUAGUUGAAUUUAGCAAAGAAGUAGAUCUACGCAUGCCUAGGUCUUAUUUUUAUGAAAAGAGCUGUAACUAGAGUAUAUGUCUACAGGAAUAGUAAUGGUUUCCAAAGAAUAUUUUUAAAGGAACUAAGUGAGCAUGAAUUAACUCUUCAAUAUAAGCUAUGAGAUAAUAGUUGGUUGUUAAUUAUAAUGGCACCAGCCUCUGGGAUUUAAGGGUCUUUGCUUCUAGUAGAAGCCCUUAUUUUCAAGGGUUUGAACAGACAAAAAUCUCUUUUUCCUGGCUAAAGCUGACAAAAGCCUCAGUUUAGGAAGAUAGAUUUUCUUUCCUUUUUUUUUUUUUUAAAUUACGAAAAUCCUAAGUAUUUCGGCCCUUUGAUUUGGAGGGGUGGAAGACGUUUUAAGAACUUAAAGAGUAUUCAGAAGAUGCAACCCUGUAUUAUGUAUAAUGAUUGGUAGGUUGAUCUUUCAUAGUAAUUGACUCUAAGGAUUUUAUUAAGCAAUAGCGGUAAGAUUCAAUGCUGAAUGAAGUCUGGGGGAAAGAAAUGGCCAUUGUGCAGAGAGAGGCAUUGGGUUUUAGAACAAUAGUGAAAUUGUACCUACAAUACAGAACCGGGAGUAUGGGCGGUCCAGGAGAUUGAGGCUGCUUAGAAGGACUUACAUCCACCAGUAAGCCACGGACUACAGUUGUGCCUUCUCCAUCAGCUUCAGCUUCAGCUUCAGCUGAGGGGGGCUGGUGGGAGCCCUCCCGGACAAGGGGAAAACUUGAUGAACUUCUUUCUCUUCAGUAAAGACUUGCCUUGCAUCUUGCUGUCACUCCAGGCAGUUGCUCCUAAAGUUUGAACGUCUCUGAUCACCCGCACAGCCCGCAUCCGCAUCCUCCUGUCCCUCGCCACACUUGCCUGAUGAUACCUCAGUGUCGCGGCCCGGGCUCCCAACCCGGCGCUGCCCUGGCCCUGCUUCCUGUACCUGCGCGGAGGCCCGCGCGGCCCCUCUGCCUCCCGGUAUCGGCCUGCGCGCAGGCUGCUUUGUGCGUCUCGGCUCCUGACAUCAAAGUGGCUAACGCCUCUCGCUUGUAUUGGGUAGCAUGGGGGUAAGAAUUUAACUGGUUAUUCUUGAAUUUUCUUUUGCAAUAAACCAAUUUUAUAAUCUCUAAA